AUGUUCGGCAAGAUCGUGAGAUAUGUGCGCAAGAAACGGUCGCGGGUACGAGCGGAAGAACACCAUGUCGCGCUCCUCGUCGACCGUUCCAAAGAGACCCGGCUUAUCCAUCUGAAAAGUCAAGGCAUGCACCAGGACGCUGUUGUCGCGAACUCGGACAAAGACGUCUCUCCUAUCGAUGCACAUUCUCUGCAUCGCCCAUGCAGCUUGCAUGACCGCACCGAUGCUCCCGAGGAUCUUGACCACGACGGCGCUGCCCAGAAAAUGGAUGCCUCAAUACCCGCGGAAGAGGCGUUCAUGACCAAGCAAUCCUCGGCCGACGGUGGUGCAAUCGUGGAUUCGCUUACUCUUGGGAGGAUGUGGAAUUCCUUCGCUUCUAUCAACACACUGCCCGACGAGGUGCUCGUCCAAGUCUUCCUCUGCACUCGUCUCAAGCGUCAUACGUGGUCCAGAGAUAUCAGUCCUGUCGAGCCAACCCGAUACAUGGCGGUUUGCCGACGCUGGCGCGACACCAUCAUCGGUCACGCGUGUUUCUGGAACACUAUUCUUGUUGAGGAAGGCAAAAAAUGGCUGCCACUCGCGCUAUCUCGCUCUCACCAGGCUAUGCUUCACCUGGAGUUCGAUCAUCUUCCGACCCUCGCCUCUUUGCUUCCCGACGUGGUACCCCACCGCGACCGAAUACGCAAUCUGGUUCUGGGCUACCACCCACGCUAUACUGAAUUCAUGACGGUCUCCCCCUUGAUCGCGGCGCCCUUCAAAUCCCUCACCAGGCUCAAUAUUAGCGCUUCCACACGUUAUCGUCCGGAUGUUGGCUAUUUUGUCCUUCUUCCAGAACACUACCCACAGUUGAUGCAACUUGAGCUGAAAGGUCUUCACGUCAAAUGGACCGCAUCCCUCCUAUGUCAGCUCACGAGUCUAUCCCUUUCCAACGGCACCACUGCGCCCUCCCCCAUGCAUGCCGACACAUUUCUGGAUGUGCUUCAGCACGGUCAGAACCUCAAGAGCCUCAUCCUUGAUGGCUUCAUAAGUGCGGCAUGCUCAAACCCCCCUUCCCGAUCCAGACAUCCGUUCUCCUUGUCCAAUCUGGAGGAAUUCCGCAUCACCGAUUCAGCGCAGUGGAUCCAGCAUCUCAUGACCUGUGUGCAGUCCCCCACACAACAUGCCGGUUGGGUCGCCCUCUCCGGCGAGGUCGCGGUCGGCGAUCUCAGCAAUGCCCUUAUCAGCCAUCGUGGGUUCUUGCUACCACCCGAAGUACCUUUCUUUCCGGCCAACACCACUUCCCUCGUGGUCCUUAUCCUCUGGCCUGCCACAAGAUUUAUCCUUCAAAGCUCCAAUAGCCAGGUGCACACGACCCUCGCGCUAGAUCUCCCCGCGCACGUGCCCCUGCCAUCGAACACGAUCCUCGCCUCCAUUAAGGGCACACUCGAUACUCAUCUAUUGCGCGCGCUCGAUCUCCGUAUACCUAUGCAUAACGUCGACCGCGAUGCGUUCGAUGCAUACCUCGACGCGUUCCCGUACCUGCAGUCUCUGCACAUAGGAACAACCGCAAGGGAGAAGAACUACGACCCGCUUCCUGUAUGCAUCUUUGACUCCCUGAUGUCCCGGAACCAUGCACUCGACAAGGAUGAUUUCGACGUUGGCCGGAUCCGUGUACGGUGCCCGAAUCUGGAGUCACUCAGUCUGGGAGGCCUGUCCUGGGAUGGCGGAGCGGUCAUGGAUGCCGCGCUGGAUUGCCUGAAAAUCCGAGCGGCGCUGGACGCGCCGCAGCUGAAGUUCCUCGACAUCCGUGUGUUGCCGCGGCCGCUUAAGGGCAGGCCGAGGGGAUGGCGAGCGGUGGACCUGCGGUACACUGAGCAGCUACAGAAUAUGGUGUCGAAUACGUACUCGUUCUUCGUCGGCGGGACCUAUUAG